CCCUGGAUCGUCUGUAGCAUCAGUCAUGGAAGCCAACAAGAAAUCUGUUGCGCUUCCCGUGUGUCCUGCCCAACAUGCCAGUUUCCUAUCGUACAUCGUGUUCGGCUGGGUGCUACCCAUCUUCUACAAGGGCUCCAAGAAAGAAUUGGGCCCGGAGGAUCUCUAUCAACCGCUGACGGCACACAAAUCGAGUAACCUGGGCAAUGACCUGUGCCGCGCGUGGGAAGACGAAGUCGCAAACAAGCGCGCCAAAGGCAAAGAACCAAGCCUACUGCAUGCGGGUUUCCGCGUAUUUGGAUGGAAUAUCGUUUCGCUGGGGCUGAUCCUGUUGGUGCUCGAGUUGGCCUUCAAGGUGACGCAACCGAUCUUCCUGGGGGCUCUGGUGGCAUACUAUUCGAAGCAGAAUGGGGACAUCAACGAGGCGUAUCUGUACGCCGCAGCCGUUGUGCUCUGCAGCGCCAUCAGCGUUCUUUUCAUGCACUCGUACAUGCUUUCGCAGCUGCAUCUCGGUAUGAAAUUGCGGGUUGCUGCCUGCAGUAUGAUCUAUCGGAAAUCGCUUCGGCUGAGCAAGACCGCAUUAGGGGACACCACCGCCGGUCAGGUCGUCAAUCUGCUGUCCAACGAUGUAGGCCGCUUGGAUUUGGCCGUACUUUUUGUCCACUAUCUGUGGAUCGGACCGCUGGAAACGAUCGUCGUUACGUAUCUAAUGUACCGGGAAAUCGGAAUAUCGGCGGUCUUCGGAGUGAUAUUCCUGUUGAUGUUCAUCCCACUGCAGGCGUAUCUGGGCAAAAAGACAUCGGUGCUGCGGUUGCAAACUGCCCUCCGGACGGACGAACGAGUGCGGCUGAUGAACGAGAUCAUCCAGGGCAUUCAGGUGAUCAAGAUGUACACGUGGGAGAAACCGUUCGCCAAGCUGGUGGCACUUGCGAGAAAGAAGGAAAUCAAAGUGAUCCGAUACGUGUCGUACAUCCGCGGUACCCUACUGUCCUUCAUCAUGUUCACCACCCGAGUAUCGAUCUUCAUCAGCUUGAUCGCGUACGCCCUGCUGGGAAAUUUCGUUACGGCCGAAAAAGCCUUCACCAUCACCGCGUACUAUAACAUCCUGCGGGCCACGAUGACCAUCUUCUUCCCGCAGGGUAUCGCCCAGUUUGCGGAGGCGAUCGUUUCCGUCGGGCGCAUCCAGAAGUUCAUGAGCUAUGAAGAGGUGGAGGCUGCGAUCGGAGUCACCAUGGCGGAUCCGGAGAAAGACGAAGACGAUAGUUCGUUGGAUAGUAGUAGCAGCGAAGAUCCAAAGGCGAAGGAUCAGGCGGCGAAGAUGAUCAAGCACUCGGAAUCGGACGGAUUGAAUGAGAAUGGGGCGGCUCCGAAGGAGCAUCUUUCAGAGGCGGGAGUGAUCGUGGAUUCGGCGACGGCCCGGUGGGACCCGAAAGCAUCGGAAUACACACUGGAGGGUGUGAAUCUGCAUGUGCAACCAGGAACAUUGGUGGCCGUUAUUGGACCCGUUGGAGCCGGCAAAUCAAGUUUGAUCCACGCGAUCCUUGGAGAAUUGCCCUUGGAAGGGGGUAGCAUAAAGGUCAACGGUGAGGUAUCCUAUGCUUCGCAAGAGCCAUGGCUAUUUUCAGCCACCAUUCGACAAAACAUCCUUUUCGGGUUGCCCAUGGAUAAGGACCGGUAUAAGAAGGUGGUUAAGACCUGUGCUUUGGAAAGGGACUUCCAGCUGUUUUCGAACGGAGACAAAACGAUCGUCGGCGAGAGAGGCGUGUCCCUUUCCGGCGGACAAAAAGCUCGCAUCAGUUUAGCCCGAGCGGUGUAUCGUCGAGCGGAAGUGUACUUACUAGAUGACCCUCUCAGUGCAGUAGAUUCUCACGUGGGACGCCACCUGUUUGACCACUGUAUGCGGGAUUUCCUCCGGGGGAAAAUUGUCAUCCUGGUAACGCACCAGCUGCAGUACCUGCAGAAUGCCGACCAAAUUGUGAUCCUCAAGCACGGUAAGGUGGAAGCCGUCGGAAGCUACGAUAGCCUAAGGGAAACCGGGUUAGAUUUCGCUCAGCUGCUGGCGGCUCCAAGCGGGAAGGAAGAUGACGACAGCACCGAUACGGAUUCGUUCAAGCGGUCCGGAAGUUUGUACAAACGGCAGAGCAGUGAAUCGAGCAUGGAUUCGGCUAUCAAUGAAGGUGACUCAUCGGCUCCCAUAGCUCCCGAAGAGAAACGCCAGGAGGGUUCCAUCGGGUACGGCGUAUACAAGGCGUACUUCAAAGCCAGCGGAGGCUACGUGGUAAUCUUCCUGCUGAUGGUGGCAUUCAUACUCUCGCAAAUGGCGGCUUCCGGAGGAGAUUACUUCCUAACGUAUUGGGUAAACAAGGAGGAGUCGCGGAUUAGCACCGUGAGCGACGAUGGUUCGGCGACCGAUCCAACCACGUUGGACAAUGGCAAUGUGACGGACGCUUUGGCUUUGGCGUCAAAUUCUACCAACUCGAUUUCGUCUGCUUUCGAAGGACUACUGAACAGCAUUCGACAGUUUACCGGCGCGGACGACGAUGAACGGCUGACUGAUAUCUACAUUUUCUCCGCUUUGACGGUGGCAACCGUGGUCAUCACUCUAAGCAGAAGCAUGUUCUUCUUCCAGGCCGCCAUGCGAGCUUCUCGGAAACUUCACGACGCUAUGUUCAACGGUGUCACCCGUGCCAGCAUGUACUUCUUCAACACGAACCCGUCCGGACGAAUUUUGAACCGCUUUUCCAAAGAUAUGGGUCAGAUUGACGAGUAUCUGCCGUCGGUGACGGUGGAUGUGAUUCAGAUAUUCCUGUCACUGCUUGGUAUCGUCAUAGUGGUGGCCAUCGUCAAUCCGUACAAUCUGAUUCCGACCGUUGUUAUUGGAAUUAUUUUCUACUUUAUGCGAGAGUACUACCUGCAGACAUCGAGGAACGUCAAACGAGUUGAAGCCACUA